UGUCAAAAUAGUUUUUGAAAUGAUUUAAUUACCAAAAGAAUGGACAGAGAAGUUCUUUGCGAAAGUUUAAUUGUCUGGUUGGAGACAUUUAAUCUGGAUGUUCCUCACGGCAACGCAGAAGAGCUCAGUGAUGGAAUUGCCAUGUCAAAGGUGCUGCAUCAAAUUGCCCCUGACUAUUUCACGGACUCAUGGCUGAGCAGGGUAAAAACAGAGGAUGUGACCAACUGGAGAUUGAAGGUUUCCAACCUGAAGAAAAUCCUCAAGGGCAUCCUUGAGUACAAUAUUGAGAUCCUGGGUAUACAGAUCCAUGACUUUCAGAUGCCGGAUGUGAAUGCUAUAGGUGAGAGCAGUAACCAUAUAGAGCUUGGGCGGCUGUUACAGCUGAUCCUUGGUUGUGCCGUAAACUGCACAGAAAAACAGGAGUACAUUCAGAGGAUUAUGUCAAUGGAAGAAUCUGUUCAACACGCCGUCAUGACUGCAAUUCAAGAGCUGAUGACCAAAGAAAUUGCCACAGAUGUGGACUCAGAAGUGGGAGAACAGUUACGUCGAACAGUAGAUGAACUCAACAAUGCAGUAGAGGCAAAGGAGGAAUUAAUGCAGAGCUGUCAUGAGCUUAACCAACAGGUUACAGUGUUACAAGAAGAAAAACAAAACCUUGCCAUCGAAAACGAUAGACUCCCAGAAAGGCUAAACAUAGCAGAAAAUCGGGAUGACCCUACGCAGGUUACACACCACUAA